AUGUUUUUAUCUAUACCAACUAUUAUUCUUGUUCAUGUAGCAUCUCAUUUGGAAGCAUUGGACGUAAUCUGUAUGAUACUCAGUUGCAGAUCAUUAUUCAAACUACGGCCAAUCAUUGCCAAGUUUGCUCCGUUUCUGCUUCCAAUGCCUUACUCUCGGCCUCUGCUUGAAGCAUAUACCAACUUAUGGUGCCAAGAAUCUUCGCUUCGAGUUCGAGAAUUGAAGAGAAAAAGAGCAAGAGCACUACCAUUCUUUCUCUAUCCUGAUCGGGAAAAUGGUAAGGGUACAGCAGAUGCAGAGGAGGCACAAUAUCGUUAUCGCCUCCACGAACAACGUUACUGCAAGAAACCAACAAUAGGCUACAUCCCACCGCCA